AUGGCACCUAACACUGAUCAGGAUGCACCGACUCAAACUCAAAAUCAUGCAAUAUUACCAGUGACUUUCGAUGGAAUUGGAUAUAGGUCAUGGCAAAAAGGUGUUCUUAGGGCACUCUCAGUGAAAAACAAAUUAGGUUUUAUUAAUAGGAAGGUUACAAAACCAAAUGAGGAUGAUGAUGCAUUCGCAUUGUGGGAAAUAUGUGAUGAUAUGGUUACUUCGUGGAUUCUGAAUUCACUAUCAAAGGAUCUGAGCGAUAGUUUACAGUAUGUCAAUAAUGCGAGGGAACUUUGGAAUGAACUAGAAUAUAGAUAUGAUCAAACCAAUGGUGCAAAGUUGUAUCAACUUCAACGAGAGAUCAAUGAUCUUACACAAGGAAAUCUAGACAUCACUGGAUAUUAUACCAGAAUUAAGAAACUUUGGGAAGAAAUCAGCACCCUUGACACAAAUUCUCAAUGCACAUGCCUGUGCACACGUGGUGGAAAGACAAAAAUGCAUAAGGCUGAACAGGACAGGAGACUCAUACAGUUUUUAAUGGGACUGAACGUAGUUUACACAGUGAUUCGAGAUAGUAUUCUAAUGAUGAAUCCUUUGCCUACUAUGGCUCAAGCUUUCUUUGUAUUGUCUCAAGAGGAAAGGCAGAGAGAAGUUAAGCCUCACAAUCAGAUGAUGCUAGAAUCCACUUCACUAAUUGCAAAUGACGAAAGCUCUAGGAAUGUCAAUGUUGCAAGCACUAACACUUUUAAUUCUGUUGCAAGUUGUAGCAAUUUCAGAACACACUAUGGUGGAACAGGACAAUCGCAAUACAGGAACUUUGGAGCAAGUAGCAGUUCUGAAAUUCAAGUUCACAAAAGGGAAGAACUCAGGAUCAGCUGCAAAUGUGCAUGA